CAAACGUUUAAACCCUCGUUCAUCGUCAAAAGGUGGUGAACUGGUGAUUGACCUGAAUCAAUCAGCGAACUUUGCAUUUGAGAGAUGAAUCCGUUAACCCUAGUGAAGCGCAUUCAGAAUAUCAAUUCCAAAGAAGCUUCUUUGGGCAUCAGCGAGGAGGCUUCCUGGCACGCCAAAUACAAAGAUUCCGCUUAUGUAUUCGUGGGUGGGAUUCCCUUCGAUCUCACCGAGGGUGAUCUCCUCGCAGUUUUUGCUCAAUACGGGGAGGUUGUUGAUGUAAAUCUUGUUAGGGACAAAGGUACUGGGAAGUCAAAAGGUUUUGCAUUUCUUGCAUAUGAAGAUCAAAGAAGCACAAAUCUUGCCGUAGAUAAUUUGAAUGGAGCACAGAUUCUGGGUAGAAUAAUUAGGGUUGAUCAUGUUACAAAAUAUAAAAAGAAAGAAGAGGAAGAUGAAGAGACAGAGAGGAAGAAAAGGGAGGAACGAGGUGUUUGUCGAGCUUUCCAAAGAGGUGAAUGUACACGUGGAGCUAGCUGCAAAUUUUCUCAUGAUGAGCAAAGAGCUGCAAACACAGGUUGGGGGGCCCCUGAGGAUGCUGGUUCAAAGUGGCGUCAUGAAAAAUUUGACGGUCCCAAAAAAGAGAAAAAACAUGGAAACAAUCAAUCAAGUCAUAUUCCAGAAGCCAGAGAACAUGAUCAUAGAAGAGAGAAGAGAUCUAGAAGGCAUGAAGAUGAUGAACUUGUGUCUAGGGCAGGAGAAGAUCGUAAUAGAAGGGAAGAUAAACAAUCAAGAAGGAGAAAUGAUGAUGAUGAUAUGGAACUUGAGCGAAGAGAUCAUCAUAUGAGGGAAGACACCAAGUCAAGGAAGCCAGAUGAUGAUGAGCUUGAACCCAGGACUAGAGAUUCUGAUAGAAGGGAAGAAAAGAGGUACAGGAGACAAGAUGAUGAUGAUGAUUUUGGUACUAGGUCAAGGGAAGAGAGGAGGUCAAGGCAGCAUAGAGAAUAUGAUUCUGCAUCAAGGUCGAGAGAAGAUUAUGAUGUGAAGCAAGGGGACAGAUCGAACAGACAUGAUACGAAUAGAUCAGACGUAAAAGUAAAAUAUGAUUCCAACAAGAGAGAUGAAAAGAGAUCAAGAAGGUAAUUAUUGGGAUCAGGAGCUUGGAAAUUGGGCAUCUUGUCCCUCCUUUAAACUGGAGAGGAUUGUAUUUCUAUGCUCUCAUUCUCUCUGUCUGGUCAUCGUACUUGUGCUCCUCCGUAUGAUAUCUUCCACUUUGUUAUGAGAGCAAUGAAAAUCUUCUUUUCGACGUGAGAAGUUAAAAACUUCUGGUUUUGAUCAAUUCAUGUUUCCGGAUGGUAGAAAUCAUGCAUCCAACUACUGAUGCUUAAAAAGCAUUGACACAAGAUUUGAAUCUCUGAUAUAUAUAUAUAUAUAUAUAUAUAUAUAUAUUGUUGUGAUUUAUGUCUUUAGCUUGCUGUUAUCAAGGGGAAAAAAAAGGUUCCGGCUGAAGGUAAACACGGCUCCAAAUUUAUAGAAUUGUCUGCUAGAUACAAAAUUGAGAUAGUUUGGUAGAAUAUACUGAAUGGAGGAUUUAUAGUUGGUAUGUUUUCUUCUUAUUUCAAAUGAACCAAAGCCUUGUACA